AUGAGGAAAGAAGACGAACUCGGUACGCUUUUAGUCGAUCGAUCUAAACAAAGACCUUCCAAUGAAAAUCAAUCGACAUCGUGGGUUCAGACUUUAGCCGGAAGUGUCGUUGCACCAUCAACUUUGAGUUUAGUCAUCUUCUUCCUUCUUCUUUUCAUUCCAAUAACUGCACUUGUUAUUGGAAUUUAUUAUCACGAUCCACGUUAUUGUCCAAUCGAACCUCGUCUUAGUAUUUUCUUGAUUGUCAAUGGAAGUGUUUCUAUCGGAUGGAUUUUACUUAUUAUUUUCGCUACGAUAUUGACCAUUAUGACAGCAAAGUAUCCGAAUUCAUCUGCAUUGGCCACUCUUGUGAUUGUAUUCAGUGGAUUUGUCAUUCUUUUGCUGAUAUUUUUGAUAAUAUGGUUGAUAUUUGGAAGUAUAUGGACAUUUAAUGUUUAUUAUUGGGUGAAUUAUUAUUAUGAUGCGAGAACGAAUUUUUAUCCGUAUGAUUAUUGUCAACCGGAAUUUUAUCGAUUUACAUUUGUGUAUUUGAUUUUCUCGUAUGUGUUCAUGUUUUUUCAAUGUGCGUAUCAUUGUUUUAAUAACAAACUCGUGUCGACGGAAUGA